AGAUGGCGGCGGGAAGGAGGUGUCAGUGGGUGAGGAUCUUCGAGGUGGAAGACACCAGACGACACAGCAAAGGCUACACACUUUAUAAAGUCGUCUCUACCGUGUUCCCACGUGAUAGUCCUGAAGCCUCAACAUCUGUGGUAGUCUGGCGUCGCUACUCAGAGCUGAGAAGACUGCACCAGGCUAUCCAAGACCUCCAGCAGAAAUUAGGCCUACCAAGCCUACCCUCCUUCCCCAGGGCUUCCCUACUUAACAGGUUCGAGAGUGAGGUGGUUGAACUCCGGCGCCGGGCCGCCCUAGACCUACUCAACUACAUAGGCCUACACAAUCAACUCUUCACCUCUGAACCUUUUACCAGAUUCUUCCAGAAUGAGACGAAUGAGGGCGGAGGCGAUGGAACGACACCAGAUGGUCGUUUGAAGCGGCGGUUCACCAGGAGCAGAUCCAAGGCGUCUGAGUCUCUGGCGUCGUCGCUGGGAUACAAAGUCAUCAUCGCUCUAUUCACAGCUGACGACGCUGGGGACAUCAUGGCGUCGAUGCCUUGUCUUCGUCGACGCCAGCCUGGGUGCCUGGUGACAGAACCAUCACCCAGUAGAUCGCCCAGUAGAACGUCCCCCAGUAGAACAUCUCCCAAUAGAACAUCACCCAUUAGAACAUUGUCCAGUACCUCCCCCAAUAGAACGUCACCCGAUAGUACAUUGCCCGAUGGAUCAGCCAACAGAACGGCCAAUGGAGCAGCAGUAGAAGCGCCAAUAGACAUUGAUGGCAUCCUGGGUGCCUCACUGGUGAAUGGCAUCAUUGAUGAUGAUGCGACGACUGACCCGGUUACAAACUGGGGAGACAGGAGCAGCGGGGUUACCGGUCAAGGCAGGAGCAGUGGGGUUGCCGGUCAAGCUGCCAGUUCGACUGGCGACCCCAGUGAGGACCCCCAGUGGUUUCCCAGUGGUAAAAACAAUGUGGGACCCCUACAAGCACCAUGCCCCAGCACAGACAACCGCCCGCUGCCCACACGGGUACGGCACACCACCCGACCAACACCCCCACUGGAAAUAACCCCCCAUGACACCAUCAGUCGCAAGAACUCGGCGCCACUGACUCCGCUGACCCCACUGAGCACGACGGUGACCCCAGCGCUGCCCGUGCACCGUGCACCAAGUGUGCAUGAGGCGCACUCCACACGCUACAUAUUCGUAGCAGCACGUCAGAUCAAUCAGGCUCAGGAACACGAGCUCAACCGGGACUACGACCAGGCACUAGAGCUCUACCGUGAAGGUGUCGGCACCCUCCUACACGGCGUACAAGCCUACACAGUUAUGGGUGUAGGCAUAACUGUAGCCUGCCAUGAGUGCCCACGGGGUACACAGCACUGCCCUACACAUCAGUCACACACAAAACACUAUGGUGACAGUGACAAGAGUCGCAGGGAAGCAGUGAAGCGCAAAACAGCGCAGUAUCUUCACCGAGCAGAGCAACUGGUCGCCAGGUUGACCCGUAAGGGCAAGUCUUCACCGCAGGUGAAGAUGGACCCUGAACCGGAGCCCAGCGGCAGCAGCCUGAAGGCUGGAGCAGCAGAACUGUCCAGGUAUCGUGUCGCUGGCGUUGCUGGGUCCGUCAUCAUCGCCACUGACACCAUCAAUGGCGACACUGUCGCCAUCAAGGUGGUGGUUAAGAGCGGUGGUGGCAGCGGCGGCAGUGGUGGCAGCAGCAAGACUGUAGUUCCAGCAUCAGUGGCAUUCAUGGUGCCAAUCAUCCGCUACCAUGAGACAUCCGCCGCCAUCUACCUGGUGCUAAAGUUUAUCAGCGGUGGAAAGUUGUGGAACCAUAUCAGUAAGUACGUGUUGGAGGGUGGCAACAGUGGCGCCGUGGCAUACGACACCUUUGGCAACACGUAUGCCGGUCGCCGUCUGCUUGAAGAAACUUCGGAAGCCUUGUCACCAUGCGAGGCGCCAUCCCUAGUGUCUCCCCCACCUCCAUCCUCCACUGGAGGCUUUCUGGUGGUCCCGGGCCGCCGCUCUGGGUGUUUGGAGGCACCAUCACCAUGCUCCUCCGAGGGAUAUCUCCGGGUGUACUCCGACUACGCUCACAGUCUGCCGUCCUCGGCCUCCAUGGCUGCCAUCCCUCCAUUGGACGCUGCCGGCGUGGUGACACCCUCUGUGCCAAAGUCCCUGAGCGCCGGAACCCUGGUCGUCACAGCCGGGCAUCUGGAUGUUAACUCAGUCGCUCUAAAUGCGGUGUUCUCUGCUAAUGACAACAUUCACGGCGUUCUCCAAAAUGCAACACUAUCAGGUAAAGAUGAUGACAACAUUCGCCGCACUGGCAUCCUGUCCAAUGGCAGUAGUUUACUGACUGAUAAUGACGUUCGCUACACUGGCGUCCUGCCCAAUGGUAGUUUACUGAGCGACGAUGACAAGGUGAGCGUUGGCAGCGACACGCUCUCAGGCGUCAGCGAUGAUUUUAGUUGUUCUGUGGCGCUGUGCGUGCCAAACCUCCUGCCAGACCCGCCACCUUUCACACACUUCACAAGUAUUGACGAACCUCACACAGGAAUUUGUGUAGAUCAGAGGAGUGUCGAGUCUCAUUUUCAAGUUCACGAAGAUGACACUGGAGUCUGUGAAGCUCAGAGUAGUGUGAGAAAUAGAUCUGAAUAUGAUGGACCUCAUUUUCAAGUUCACGAAGAUGAUGCUGGUUUUCGUGAACCUCUGGUUAGUGUGAGAAAUAGAUCUGAACUUGACGAAUCUCAUUUUCGAGCACAUGGAGAUGACACUGGUGUUUGUGAGCCUCUGGUUAGUGUGAGAAAUAGAUCUGAACUUGACGAAUCUCAUUUUCGAGCACACGAAGAUGACACUGGUGUUUGUGAGCCUCUGGUUAGUGUGAGUAACAGAUCUGAACUUGAGGCAUUGUAUAAAAAAUCACAUUUUCUAAUUUGUGAGGAUAACAGAGAGUCACUGAAGUGUGACAACAACAAGUCGCUGAAGUCUCCCACCAUGAACGAUGAAGAGACAAGUCUGAAUGAUGCUGUGAGAGACGCGCUAUUCUUGCGAACAAGGGACACUUGUUUACCCAUGGACGAUGCCAGGAAUGACUGGAGGGACAGUGCCAGGAAUGACAAGGAUGACACCAGGAAUGACUGGAUGGACGACGCCAGCAUGACGGACACCUCCUUCGCUAGCGUGACUCUGCCAUCAUUUUCGUGGAGCAGACGCGAUGCCUCAGAGCUGGCAUCGCUGGAUGUCAAUGACCUCAUUAGAAACUCUAAACGACUGUUGCAGAAUGUUGACCACACUUUGCAACAGAGUAAAGGACAGGCAAUGACCACAUUGCACACUGAUGACAGCACCUCACUGCAACAUUCUCAACUACCUUAUGACAGUGAUACUGUAGGCCUUAAUUCUGGCACUGUAGAUCUUAAUUAUGGCAGUGUAGGUCUUAAUUCUGACACUGUAGGCCUUAAUUCUGACAUUGUAGGCCUUUCUUCUGACACUGUAGGCCUUAAUUCUGACACUGUAGGCCUGAAGUCUGAUACUGUAGGCCUAAAUUAUAACACACUAGGCCUAAAUCAUGUAGGCAAGGAGGAAGCAAAACAGCUUAUGAUAGAAAGUGGAAAAAACCUAAAGGAGAGCCAGGCCUAUCUGAUUUUGCCAGCACCAGACUCGACUCCCUCUGGCUGCCAGUCAGAGGUGAGUGUCAUCAAUCUGAAGCGAAAAGAUGGUAGUCCAAAGAACCAGAGUCAUUCCAUUGUUUUGUCCGCUGAAAAUCACCGUCCUCGCAAGUUGUCUGUCAAGUCACAAGAGCGUCGUUCAACUCGUGCGAUCCGCCCUUCUCCUGACUUGUCCAUUUCAAACAUGACCCUCCAUUCUGGCCAGUCUGGUAGUGACGAUGAUGACCACUCUGCUGACCAGAAUGAAGACAUCAAUGCAUCCCAUGAACUCCGUACAAAUCGCACAAAUGGCCAGUUGAGCUCAACAGACAAUGGCGCCCCAAUGGAAAGCUCAUUGGCCGCCCUGCUGGAGAAGUACUCGGCCAAUCGUGGCCAAGACUCUCAGCCGAGACUACCUGAAGGCAUUGUUAAGGUGUGGUCAUCACAAGUCGUCACUGCCAUUGCGGCGCUACAUCAACUUGGUAUUGUUUGGGGGGACUUUAACUGUGACAAUGUCCUGCUGGAUGAUGGUGGAAGCAUCCUGGUGACGUACGAGAGUCGUUGGUCAUCCGCUGAGCAGAAUGUGCGGAGUGGAAAGUGCUGGCAGCAUCUGGGAGGCUGGUGUAUGGCGGAUGGGUGUCACAAGGCUGGCUACUUGGCGCCAGAGCUCCGUUCACCACUGGCACAGCCAACAGAGGCGGCAGAUUGGUGGUCCGUUGGCGCCUUAAUUUACCACAUGUUGACCGGACAGAGUGUACGUACGGCACAUACAUCUGGCAUCACGUCCCACACAGAACUGUUAUUACCAUCACACCUGUCACCCGAAGCUGCUUCCCUCCUGUCUCAGUUGUUGUGUGCACACCCGGUGGAGCGUCUGGGCGGUGGCGCCGCCAGUGCACAGGAGAUCAAGGAUCACGCCUUCUUCACCGGCAUCCAGUGGCGCUAGUGGCAUGGCACCGCUACCACAAUGGUGCUAGUGGUGUACAGGAGAUCAAGGACCAUGCCUUCUUCACUGGCAUCCAGUGGCACUAGUAGUGGCACGGCACCACUACCACAAUGGCAUUAGUGGUGUGGCAUUGGUACCUCAGUAAUGCAAGUAGUGGUGUGGCACCACUUCCAUUGUGAUGCAAGUAGUGGUGCAGUGCCAUUACCACAGUGAUGUGAGUAGUGGUGCAGUGCCACUACCACAGUGAUGCUAGUGGUGUGGCACCACUAUCACAGUGGCACAAAUAGUGGUGCAGUGCCACUGCCACAGUGGUGGAAGUAGUCGUGAAGCACCACUGGCACAGUGGUGCGAGUAGUGGCAUGGCACCCAGUGCAGUGUGACUACCAUGGUGGCACUGGUGGUUGAAGAUCGCACCACCACUGUGGGUACAAGAUGGUGCACUGUCACCAUCGCUAAGGUUUCAUUGUCACAUUUGCACUGGGUCUUGGCCAUACAGUGUAUUGGCCGUACAGUGUGUGGGCCGUACAACAUAGUGGCCACACUGGCUGACAACUACACUAGUACUUGAUCCAUCAAUAAAAUAUAUAUAUAUAU